AUGGCAACUAAGAGAUCACUGGUAACUCUGGAAAGUGCAAUUUCAUUUGAGUAUCAAAAUAUCAGAAGCCAGAUUGCAAAGGGUUAUGAAAUGAGAGAAGUAUUAUUUGCUAGAUGUUGCCUGAAGUCACUGCAGGACAUAAUCUAUUCUGAUUUUAAGUCAGAAGAACAUAGACUAGACGAGCGCCAGCUGGUGCUGGAGCUGUUGGAAACCGAUGGGCUAGUGGUGUGUGCCCGCGGGCUUGGCGCCGACCGGCUCCUCUAUCAUUUCAUUCGGCUGCACUGCCACCCGGGGUGCCUGGUGCUGGUGCUCAACACUCAACCUGCCGAGGAGGAAUAUUUUAUCAAUCAGCUGAAGUUAGAGGAAGUUGAACACCUUCCUCGACGAGUGACAAAUGAAAUUGCAAGUGGAAGUAGAUAUGAGGUUUAUACCCAAGGUGGUGUCCUAUUUGUAACAAGUCGAAUUCUUGUGGUAGAUUUCUUGACUGACAGAAUUCCUUCAGAUUUGAUUACUGGUAUUUUGGUCUACAAAGCCCACAGAAUUAUUGACUCGUGUCAGGAAGCCUUCAUCUUGCGCCUCUUUCGUCAGAAAAAUAAACAUGGCUUCAUUAAAGCUUUCUCAGAUAAUGCAAUUGCCUUUGAUACUGGCUUUUGUCAUGUGGAAAGAGUAAUGAGAAAUCUUUUUGUAAGGAAGUUGUACCUGUGGCCAGCAAUUCUGGACAUUUUGAAUGCAUGUCUGAAGGAAUUAAAGUGCUACAACCCAUCUCUUGAAGUAGAAGAUUUAUCUUUAGAAAAUGCUAUUGGAAAACCUUUUGACAAGACAAUUCGUCACUAUUUAGAUCCUCUGUGGCACCAACUUGGAGCAAAGACUAAAUCUUUAGUGCAAGAUUUGAAGAUACUACGUACUUUGCUACAAUAUCUCUCUCAGUAUGACUGUGUCACAUUUCUUAAUCUUCUGGAAUCUUUGAGAGCAACUGAGAAAGCAUUUGGCCAGAAUUCAGAUACCAGAAUGAAUAAAAAGUGCAAAAUGACUGAAAAAACAAACAUAAAAGAAAACCAAGAAAUGAAAAGAGAACUAGUUCUAGAAAGUAAUCCUAAAUGGGAAGCCCUAACUGAAGUAUUGAAAGAAAUUGAAACAGAAAAUAACAACAGUGAAGCUCUUGGUGGUCCAGGGCAAGUACUUAUUUGUGCAAGUGAUGAUCGAACAUGUGCACAGCUUAGAGAAUAUAUCACUAUUGGAGCAAAGGCUUUCUUAUUGAAAAUAUAUACAAAAACCUUUGGAAAGGAUAACAAAGCUGGAGAAGUGAAGGUGAAAUUCAAAAAGGAAGACAAUUCUAAGGGAAACCAGAAAUCUAGCAAAGAAUCCAAAGUCUCAAAAGCCAAGGUCAGGACUUCCAAAAGACCUCCAAAGAAGAAGCAAGAAUUAACUUUAGCUCAAAUGAUAACAAAGAUUGAGGAUGAAAGUGAAGAAGUUGAUUAUAAAGAAACAAGCAUCAACCAAGAAAGCUGCCUCAAGGAAACAGAACCUGAAGUGUUUCAUAUGAAUUUAUCAUCUGAUGCUGCAUAUGGCGUCCAGAAAGAACCCCUCACUAUCAUCCAUCCACUUCUGGGUUGUGGUGACCCCUAUGCCCUUACCAGGGUCCUACAUGAAGUAGAGCCAAGAUAUGUCGUCUUAUAUGAUGCAGAGCUGACAUUUGUACGUCAGCUUGAAAUUUAUAGGGCAAGUAGGCCUGGGAAGCCUAUGAGGAAGUGUAUUAAAUUCUUGGUUUAUUUUCUUAUAUAUGGAGGUUCAACUGAAGAACAGCGCUAUCUUACUGCUUUACGGAAAGAAAAAGAAGCUUUUGAGAAACUCAUUAGAGAAAAGGCAAGCAUGGUUAUCCCUGAAGAAAGAGAAGGCAGAGAUGAAACAAACUUGGACCUGGUAAGGGAAGCUGCCUCUACACAUGCUUCCACUGACACUCGCAAAGCAGGUGGCCAGGAAAAGAUUAAUUUGCAACAAAGUAUAAUUGUGGAUAUGCGAGAGUUUCGAAGUGAACUGCCAUCUCUGAUUCAUCGACGUGGCAUUGACAUUGAGCCAGUUACUUUAGAAGUUGGAGAUUAUAUCCUUACUCCUGAAAUAUGUGUGGAGAGGAAAAGUAUCAGUGAUUUGAUUGGCUCUUUAAAUAAUGGUCGUCUCUAUAGUCAGUGCAUUUCCAUGUCUCGAUAUUAUAAGCGUCCAGUACUUCUGAUUGAGUUUGAUCCCAGUAAACCUUUC